ACGCGUGUGAGUGGCGGGAGAGUUCGGCGGGGAGGGGGAGCAGCAGCAGCAGGAGGAGGAGGGAGAGCAGAGAGAGAAGAAGACUGAGAAGAGAGAGGCACGAGAUGAUGGCUGCUCCACACGCUGCUGUCGAGGCGAUGCCGCUGAGCACCGAGCCCGAGCGAGAUAGCGGCAAGGGAGAGGGCGGGAGUGAGCAGGGCAGAGCCGGCUGCUGCGAGUGUCUCCUGGCCGCCUUCUCCCUCCUGCUCGUCAUCCUCACCCUGCCACUCUCCAUCUUCUGCAGCAUCAAGAUCGUGCAGCAGUACGAGCGCGCCGUCAUCUUCCGCCUGGGACGCAUCUUGCCGGGACGGGCACGCGGCCCCGGGCUCUUCUGGGUGGUUCCUUGCACGGACACGUUUAUACGGAUCGAUAUGCGAACCAUCACGUUUGACAUCCCGCCCCAGGAGAUCCUGACAAAGGACUCGGUGACGGUGGCGGUGGACGGCGUGGUGUACUACCGCGUGGCCGACGCCAUCAUGUCGGUGGCCAACGUGUCGGACGCGCACGCCGCGACUCGCAUCCUCGCGCAGACCACGCUGCGCAACGCGCUGGGCACGCGCACGCUCUCCGAGAUCCUGUCCGACCGCUCCGAGCUCGCACACGCCAUGCAGAUGAAUCUGGACGACGCUACGGACUCCUGGGGCAUCAAGGUUGAGCGCGUGGAGAUCACCGACAUCAAGCUGCCCCAGCAAAUGCAGCGUGUCAUGGCGGCCGAGGCCGAGGCGACGAGGGAGGCACGCGCCAAGGUGAUCGCGGCGGAGGGCGAGCGCGACGCGUCGCGGGCGCUGAAGGAGGCGGCGAUGGUGAUGGCCGAGGCGCCGAACGCGAUGCAGCUGCGCUACCUGCAGACGCUGAACGCCAUCGCCGCGGAACACAACUCCACCAUUGUGUUUCCGCUGCCCGUGGAACUGCUGCGCGGGUUCGUGACGCCCACCGCCGCCGCCUCUUGAGGCGCGUUCGGAUGCCCACCCCCCCUCCACACCACACCAUCACACUCCACCCACACUGUCACACCCUCCGCACCAUCUCACCCACGACGUCAUCAUGCCGCACCAUCACAUCGCACCAUCACACCAUCAUACCACGUCCAGAUCCCACUCAGAGUUGAAGCCGCCAUUUUUGCCAAAUGAAGAGUGUGUGUGACGUCAGGCAGCAAGUCACGUGACCUCUGUCUUCGAUCUCAUUGGAUGCCACUGUCCCGGUUGGCCCACCUUCACUUCUUCACUCGUUUAAAGGAGGAGCGGACGAAAUCCGCUGUGGGUAACAAAUCAAAAAUGUCAUCCUUGAUCUGCUUAGCAACGAGAUUUUUACAAUGGGAAGCGCUGCAGUCACCAUUGCCGGUGCCAACUGCUGGCAACGGUUGACCUAAAGUUUCCCCCGGUGGAUCGUGGCUUUUGCGUGUCUGUCUGGCAGUUGUCACGUUGACACCAGGUCUCAGACAAUUAAAUUCCUUCUGCCACCUGAACACAGAUCAUGCCAUUUCUCCUGUACUGCUGAGAUCAAGCUCGGACAUGUGGCAACCCGAUUUCGGUGCUAUACGACUGGCGUGCCACGGAAAAAAAUCCAGGCACGCCAUAGUAUAUAUUUUUAUUGAUCAACCGUUGCCAUUUCCAUAAUUGUUUUUUUACCCUUUAAUCUGGCAACAAAACUGACACCUUUUUUACGAGGAGUCAUGUUUGCAUAGACCACAAU